GGGGAGGAAGGUCACCGGCGGCAAAGAUGGCGGCGCGCGUGGUCAGGCUCAGGCCGUGGGGCCACUUACCCAGGUUUGGGGGUGCCACUCGCAGGAGUUACAGCAGCGCCGGUUACCCCAAUGUGCCACUCUCCGCCCCUUUGCCGAAUGUCCCCAAUCCCUUAUUCGCCGCAGUCGGUGGGCACGACAAAUACGAAACCAAAAUCACCACCUUGGAGAAUGGGUUGCGGGUGGCGUCUCAGAACAAAUUCGGCCAGUUCUGUACGGUGGGCAUCUUAGUAAAUUCCGGCUCGAGGCACGAGGUGAAGUAUCUCAGCGGCAUUUCCCACUUUCUGGAAAAGUUGGCGUUUUCAUCAACAGCACAGUUUGGCUCAAAGGAUGAAAUCCUCCUGACUCUGGAAAAGCAUGGGGGCAUCUGUGACUGUCAGUCCUCCAGAGACACCACAAUGUUUGCGGUAUCUGCUGAAGUCAAGGGGCUCGAGACUGUGGUCAACCUUCUUGCUGAUGUGGUGCUUCAGCCCAGGUUUACAGAUGAGGAGCUGGAGAUGACGAGGAUGGCUGUUCGUUUCGAAUUGGAGGAUCUGAACAUGAGACCCGACCCUGAACCUCUGCUGACAGAGAUGAUUCACGCGGCUGCUUACAGGAGUAACACCGUGGGGCUGCCCAGGUUCAGCCCCACAGAAAACAUUGACAAGAUUGACCAGACCUUGCUGCAUACGUACCUGCAGAAUUACUACACACCAGACAGGAUCGUGCUGGCGGGGGUCGGCAUGGAGCACGAGAGGCUGGUCGAGUACGCAAGCAAGUACCUGCAGGGUGUAACUCCGUCAUGGGGGACAGGGAAGGUGAUAGACGUGGACCGAUCGAUCGCUCAGUACACGGGAGGAAUAAUCAAGGUGGAGAAGGACAUGAGGGACGUCAGCCUGGGCCCCACCCCAAUCCCGGAGCUGUGUCACAUCAUGAUUGGAUUGGAAAGCUGCUCCUUCCUGGAGGAGGAUUUCAUUCCAUUUGCGGUGCUGAACAUGAUGAUGGGAGGCGGUGGCUCGUUCUCAGCCGGGGGGCCUGGCAAAGGCAUGUUUACACGGCUGUACCUCAACGUCUUAAACAGGCACCACUGGAUGUACAACGCUACCUCAUACCACCACAGCUAUGAAGACACAGGCCUCCUGUGCAUACACGCCAGUGCUGAUCCCAGACAGGUCAGAGAAAUGGUGGAGAUUAUUACUCGGGAGUUUAUUCUGAUGGCCGGGGACGUAGGGGAGAAUGAACUUGAACGGGCAAAGACACAGCUGAAGUCAAUGCUGAUGAUGAAUCUAGAAUCCCGGCCGGUCAUCUUCGAAGACAUUGGACGCCAGGUGUUGGCCACAGAGACCCGGAAGCUUCCUCACGAGCUGUGCAGGCUGAUCAGCAAUGUAAGAGCCAGUGAUAUAAAGAGAGUCACCUCCAAAAUGUUACGCAGCAAAGCAUCGGUGGCGGCUCUGGGAGACCUGUCAGAACUCCCCACCAUGGAGCACAUUCAGCAAGCACUGAGCAGCAAGGACGGCCGGCUGCCCCGCAUCUACCGCUUAUUCCGAUAAACUCGGGGGCAUGAACGCCGAGCGGGUCAGGGGCUCCUUUUUAAACAAAGGCUGUAAAAGCAACCUUUUGUAAUCCUUUAAAAUGAGUGUCUCUCACUUGGUAGCCAUGUCUGUGAGGGGAGGGGGAACAGUCUAUAACUAGGGAAGGGUAUUGCACAGAUUGGUAUUUUUUAUUUUUAAAAUGACCGUUAAAACGAUUAACUGUUGUGUGUGACGAUCGUGAUGGCGACCUCUCUCCGCCACCCCACACUCACAGCAACUGCCUCUGCUUUCUCUCCCUCUUCCUCUCAAAGGUGCGGACCGACCUGGGUCUUAGCCAUGACUUUGACUCAAGAGGCCUGAUAUACUUGGGACUUGGGAGAACAAAAGUGCUACCCACUGAGCCAGGCUAACACCCAAACAACUACAGUACACAAGGGGUUAAUGCCCCUUUUGAGAGGAGUGAAUAAUUUUCAUUCCUUAAGCAACAUAAGCCCCAACAUUGUCUGAUCAGGGCAUGCUGACUGACCCAUGCAGGUACAGAGCAAGUGCAGGUAUUAAUAAUAAUAAUCCUUACACUUGGUACAGUGCCUUUCAUGUUGGGAGGACAUCUUAAAGUGCUUCACAGGAUUUAAUGUAAAGUGUAGUGUCUGUGUGUUUUUGUAAACAAAUGUGACACUUAAUGUCCUAUAAACA